UUUAACUUAUUUUUGCAGAUUAAAAAAACCAGUACGUUGUAUGCUUGAUAGAGAUGAAGAUAUUAUGAUGUCUGGAGCAAGACAUCCAUUUUUGUUAAAAUAUAAAGUUGGAUUUGAUGAUUCUGGUUUAAUUAAAGGAGCACAAGUUUAUAUCUAUAAUAAUGCGGGUUAUUCUUAUGAUUUAUCUCCUGCAGUUUUAGAACGUGCUAUGUUCCAUUUUGAAAAUUCUUAUAAAAUACCAGUGUCUGAUGUAUAUGGUUUUAUAUGUAAAACUAAUAUACCAUCAAAUACGGCAUUUCGUGGUUUUGGAGGUCCGCAAGGAAUGUUUUUAGCUGAAACAAUGAUAAGGCAUAUUGCAGAAUAUUUAAAUAAAGAUCCUGUUGAGAUUGCAGAAUUGAAUUUAUAUAAAGAAGAAGAUACAACUCAUUAUAAUCAGAAGCUCUUUAAUUGUACAAUACAACGUUGCUGGAAAGAGUGUAUUUUAUCUUCAAAUUAUAAUGAACGUCUUGCACAAGUUCAAAAAUACAACAGAGAAAAUAGAUACAAGAAAAAAGGGUUGGCAAUAGUCCCAACGAAAUUCGGUAUUUCUUUCUCUAUAAUCUUUCUAAAUCAAGCAGGAGCCCUUGUACAUGUUUAUACAGAUGGUUCUGUAUUAAUUAGUCAUGGUGGUGUUGAAAUGGGACAAGGUUUACAUACAAAAAUGAUACAAGUAGCAAGUAGAUCAUUAAAACUAAAACCUGAUAAAAUACACAUAAUGGAAACAGCUACCGAUAAAGUACCAAAUACCUCUGCAACAGCAGCUAGUGCUUCUUCAGAUUUAAAUGGUAUGGCUAUUAUGAAUGCUUGCAAUAAAAUUAUGGAGCGCCUAAAACCAGUGAUAGAUAAAAAUCCUAAUGGUACAUGGGAAGAAUGGGUGAAAACAGCUUAUUCGGAAAGAAUUAGUCUUUCUGCUGCUGGUUUUUAUAAAACUUCCGACAUACAAUAUUCGUUUGAAACUAAUACAGGAAAUGCAUUUAAUUAUUUUACGUAUGGCGUUGCAUGUUCAGAAGUAGAAAUCGAUUGUUUGACUGGAGAUCAUCAAGUAUUACAAACUGAUAUUGUAAUGGAUUUAGGUGAAAGUUUAAAUCCUGCGAUUGAUAUAGGACAAAUUGAAGGUGCUUUUAUGCAAGGAUAUGGUUUAUUCACAUUGGAAGAAAUGGUAUAUUUAAGAAAUGGAGCUAUUGCAACUAAAGGUCCAGGUGCAUAUAAAAUACCUGGUUUUGCAGAUAUUCCAGAAAUAUUUAAUGUAUCCUUACUAAAAGGUGCCUCAAAUCCUAGAGCUGUUUAUUCAUCCAAGGCUGUAGGAGAACCUCCACUGUUUCUUGCAUCCUCUAUAUUUUUUGCAAUAAAAGAAGCUAUUAAAUCUGCUCGCACAGAUUAUAAUCUUAAAAAUUAUUUUCAAUUAGAUGCACCUGCAACUGCAGCUCGUAUUCGUUUAGCAUGCAUUGAUGACUUUACAUCAAAGAUUGCAGAACCAAAUUUACAACAUCAGUGGAAUAUUGUUCCAUAGAAAUAUUAUAAUGAUAUAAAAAAUAAAUAUAUUUUUUUAUGGGUACAGCCAAAGUAGAGUAAAUAAGAUACUUAUCGUCUUCUUGAUCAUGAUUAAUAACAAAAAAUAUAUUUUAAAAAAUAUAUGUUCAGAUUUAUAAUUAGAUUGAAUAAUUUUUGUAUAUUUAAUGUACAUAGAAAAUUUAUUAAAAAAUAUAAUUAAAAAAUAAAUAUAAUUGAAAAAGAUUUUAAAUUUGUUGAAAAUAAAAGACUUU